AGGCGCCGGUGCCCCCCCGGCCGGGCCAGCCCGGGGUGGGGGUCCCGGGGACACGUCCAGGACAGGGACGAGGGGGUGACGCCCCCGUCGGUGCCCCCCCGCGGCCCGGUUCUGCCCGGUUCGGGAUGGCGGGGCAGGGUCCCGCGCCCUCAUCCUGCGACUGCUUCGUGGCGCUGCCCCCGCACACCGCGGCCCCCGCCGUCAUCUUCGGCAAGAACGCCGACCGGCCGCGCCGCGAGGUGCAGGAGAUCGUCUACGUCCCCGCCGCCACGCACCGCCCCGGGGACAGAGUCCAGUGCACCUACAUCGAGAUCGAGCAGGCCGAGAGGACCCACGCCGUGGUGCUGAGCCGGCCCGCGUGGCUGUGGGGCGCCGAGAUGGGCGCCAACGAGCAUGGGGUCUGCGUGGGCAACGAGGGCGUCUGGACCCGCGAGCCCGUCGGCGAGGACGAGGCGCUGCUGGGCAUGGACCUGGUGAGGCUGGGGCUGGAGCGGGGCAGCUCUGCCCGGGAAGCCCUGGAGGUGAUCACGGCCCUGCUGGAGCGGCACGGCCAGGGCGGGAGCUGCAAGGAGGAGCCGGUGCCGUUCGUCUACCACAACACCUUCCUGCUGGCUGACCGCGGCGAGGCCUGGGUGCUGGAGACGGCCGGCCGCUACUGGGCGGCCCAGCGGAUCCAAGAAGGCAGCCGCAACAUCUCCAACCAGCUCAGCAUCGGCACGGACAUCGCGGCCGAGCACGCGGAGCUGCGGCAGCGAGCCCGGAGCCAGGGCUGGUGGAGCGGGGCCGGCGAGUUCAGCUUCGCCGAGGCCUUCUCCCUGGAGCAGCAGCCCCCCCGCAUGGAGGCCGCCAAGGCUCGCUACCGCGCCGGCAAGGAGCUGCUGAGGCAGCACGCAGGGCACAUCACGGCGGAGACGUUCAUGGCCAUCCUGCGGGACAAGGCCAGCGGCAUCUGCGUGGACUCGGAGGGGUUCCGCACGGCGGGCAGCAUGGUGUCUGUGCUGCCCCGGGACCCCGCUUUGCCCUGCGUCCACUUCUUCACGGCCACCCCAGACCCGUCGAGGUCUGUCUUCAAGCCCUUCGUCUUCGUGGCCGGCCUGAAGCCCGCGCCGCAGGUGAUGUCUCCCAGCUUCAGCGAUGACCCUGCCAAGAAGGUGCCGCGGUUCCAGAGCACGGUCGAUCGGCGGCACGAGCUCUACCGCCGGCAUCAGGCAGCGCUGGAGCUGAUGGACAGGGACCAGGAGCAGGGCCAGAAGCUCCAGCAGACGCUGCGGGACCUGGAGAGGCAGGGGCUGGAGGCAGUGAACGCGCUGCUGGGGGGGGACGUGGCCCCCAGCCCGGAGGAGCUGGCUGAGCUCUUCUUCGACUGCGUGGAUGCGGAGAUGAAGUUUUACAAAUAAACCCUGCGCAGGUGGGUUGGGAGGGCAGAGGAGCUGAGGCUGGGCUCCAGCUCAGCCCCCCCAUGGCAUCGCUCCCGUCUGGGGGAUGAGAAAACCUUCCCGGUGCCCUGCCCCGGUUCCUCGCCUCCUCCCGCUUUGGAGCAGCCUCCCCGUGCUGGCGGCUCAGAGGGGAACGGCUCGACCGGCACCUCCAGCCCUGCCGGGGGCGCGGAGCCCCCAGCGCUGUAACGUGCCCCAGUAGAAGCAGUGCUCGAAGGGAGGGCCGUGGCCUGGAAGGGGGCGACGGGGAGGGGGAGCGGGGCUGCCCCUGCCCAGCCCCUCCGUAGGAGCCAGCUGCAGACAGAGACUUGUAGGAAUAAAGAGGCUUUAAUCCU